CCGAGCGGGUGGUUUCCAUUCCGGAUUAAUGAUUGCUCUCUUUAAAAAUGGCUUUGCGCUUUAAGAGCACUGGAAAAGAAAAUUCAAGGCAAGACGAAACAAUCUGGAAGCGGAAGGAAACCUCCAAAAGUAAAAAUGUUGCGAGGCCUGCUUCUGGAGUUGGAAUGCGAAGCGAGGCUGGACAGCUGCGUUGGGCCGGGCCAAAUGGGGGAGGAGCGAAUCCGGAGCUGUCUCGGCGUGGCAGCGGUGCCCCAGUUCCUGCAGCCGCCGACGCCGCUUCUGCUUGCGCCGCAAACUGGUGGGCGGGGGGAUAAAUAGCUCGCUCAGCAGCGCGCUCUGCGUGAUCGGGUUGAGCCGAGAAUGGCCUGGGGUGGGGAGACCCCCUGGUGCUGAGCGACGCCGGGUGCAAGCCGAGCAAAGGCCGCGGUUGCGCUUCUUUCCUCUCCCAGCAAAGCGAUUCUGCCAUGGUGGUGCGGGCGCUGCUGCUGCGGGCGGUGAUCAUGGGGCCACCCGGGUCCGGGAAGGGCACCAUCUCUUUGCGCAUUGUCAAGCACUUCGCCCUGAAGCACCUCUCCAGCGGGGAUCUGCUCCGCGAAAACAUGAACAAGAAGACCGAAGUCGGUAUACUUGCUAAGUCAUAUAUUGAUCAGGGGCAACUGAUUCCUGAUGACAUCAUGACGCAGCUGAUGCUAACGGAGCUGAAAAGUCUAGAGCAGAACCACGUGCUGCUGGAUGGAUUCCCCAGAACUGUUCCACAGGCUGAAGCCCUGGAUAAAGUGUGUCCAAUAGAUACUGUGAUUGACUUAGAUGUGCCUUUUGAGACCAUCCAACAACGCUUGACUGCACGCUGGAUCCAUCCUGCCAGUGGCAGGGUCUACAAUCUCGAAUUCAAUCCUCCCAAAGUCGCUGGCCAUGAUGAUGAUACUGGAGAGCCUCUUGUUCAGCGUGAAGAUGACAAACCAGAAACGGUCAUGAAGAGGCUGAAAUCUUAUGAAGCACAAACCAAACCUGUCCUAGAAUAUUACCGCUGCAAAGGAGUGUUACACUCUUUCUCAGGAACAGAGACCAACAAAAUCUGGCCCCACGUUCACAGAUUUCUUCAAACCAAGCUGCCUGACAUUACACCCAGCUGAAGGAGGACUAGCACAACGAGGUUGAAGCUACUGGCUAAUUGGCUCAACUUCCAGAAAUAUAUUUGCUAAUAAUUACUGGAAUCAUGAAAAUUUGGGGUGAGGUGGGUGCUACAAUGUAACAAGCUACAUUUAUGAAUUACCAACUGAGAUCUCUAAAAUGGCCACAUUGGAACUGUGUUGUAAUCUAGUAUUUCUGUUCUGAUAGGUCAUUUGUGAAGUUAUUUGUAUUAGAUGUAUCUGAAUUUUGUAAAACAAACUGUUUUUUAACAAAAUAGAGCUCACUUGUCUGUAAACAGGAUCAACAAAGGGUACUGUUUUAAAUACUAA